AUGGCAAGAGGAUCAACGAAAUCAGCCAAGCAAUCCCCCUCCGCAAGUAGCAGUGGCAACAUCCUAUCUUUCUUCUCCAAGACACCUACUCCUCGUCGGACAUCAAGCGCGUCCAAGAACGGACUUUCCGAGAAGGUCGUAGUCGAAGAUAUCAAGCCUGUAGUAGAAGAUAGAAAGGGGAAGGGAAAAGCGACAUUACUUGUGGGAUCCAUCGAAGAUCCAGUGGUCAUCAGCGAUGAUGAAGAUAUCUUACUGGUCUCACCACCCAGCACAAUGGGUAGGAAACGGAAAUUGUCCCAAAUAUCUCCCGAAGUUGGUCCUUCUUCUCUGAGACCCAUCGAUUCCUGCAAACCACCUCCGUUCCCUGGAUACCCAGACUUCAGACCACCGACUACAUGGCCUGAGGUCAUUAAUGUAGGAGACAUGCAUAAUAUCGAGCACGAAGACGAAGACGAUGAUAUACCUCCUUCGGAUGAGGAUCAUAAUCGGAAUCAAGAUCCGGAAGAUGGCGAUGAUGCCGAGAAUGAUGAUUCAGGUUUAGACAUGGACGUGGAACCAACAGAUCUGGAUUUACCUGACCCGAUCGAACCUGAAACACCACAGGUUGCGACACCCAGUAAACAGUUUAAGGAGAGUGAUCUAGGGAUGAACAUUGAUAUGACGGAAGAGUGGGAAGAACCUGAAGAUGAAGGUAUGGGAAUGGAAGAGGAUGGUGAAGGGGAUGACGAAGCUAGUGUUAUUUCUGAACCCAUCAAUAGGGGAAGAUGCAAGAAAGGUAUAUCAGGAGGGAAGAUUUCGGAAUGUCCGGUGUGUGGAAAAUCGUUGAAAGGGCAGGUCAAUACGGCUGCACAGCAUCAUAUCAAUACUUGUCUCGAUUCAUCAUCAUCUUCGUCACGUUCUGCCAAGAAGGCUCGUCCUGUAUCCUCUUAUGCCUCUUUCUCAACUGAACCUUCCCCCUCACCCGAACCAGAGGUAUCUACCAAGGGACCAAAUGCAUUUUCAGUGCUUAUGAGUGGACACAAGGAGAAGGAUCAAUGGAAAGAUGCGGAAGCGGAUUUGAAGAGGGAUGGCAAGCGAUUUGUGGGAAGGAGGAAGGCACCGUUCUAUAAGGUCAUGACUGGAAUGCCUGUAGCUGUCGAUGCAUUCAGGUAUGGUGCAAUACCGAAAGUCACUGCGUACCUCUUGACACACGCACACUCAGAUCAUUAUACCAAUCUAUCAAAGAGCUGGACACAUGGUCCGAUAUACUGUUCAGAGACAACCGCCAAUCUAAUCGUACAUAUGUUGGGUGUGGAACCCAAGUGGGUGCAUGGGUUACCUGAUGAUAUACCUUUUGAGAUGCCAAAUACCGGUGGUGUCACGGUCACACCCAUGGAGGCGAACCAUUGUCCGGGAUCAUCUAUAUUCCUGUUCGAAGGGCCACAGACUGUCAACGCCGGUGAUUCGGGCUUCAGGUCACCCUACGUGGGAAGCAAGAAGAUCUUCCGGUAUUUGCAUUGUGGAGAUUUUAGAGCAUGCCCAAAAAUGGUCCUUCACCCAGCGAUAGCCAGAGCACCCAUUCACACUUGCUAUCUCGAUACGACUUACCUAAAUCCCAAAUACUGUUUCCCGCCUCAACCACAAGUGAUCAACGCGUGUGCAUCGUUAGCUCGGAAGAUGGUGGUCGGAUUGUCCGCAAAUGCACCUGACUUCCAAGCUAUGCAGCCGAAAGUUUAUAUAAAGGCGGAAGAAGGAGAAGAGAUAAAACCUGAUCCCUCAGAGUUGGCCGAAAGAUCAAAAGCCAUGAUGGCUGGAUGGUUGGUCAAGAAAGAAGACAACGAUGUGAAAGAGGAAUUGAGAGAUAUCAACGAUGUCAAGCCGAAGGGGCGUACCCUGGUGGUUAUGGGAACGUAUUCCAUAGGGAAAGAGAGGAUCGUCAAAGCGGUGGCGAAAGCUCUGGGAACUACCAUAUAUUGCGAUCCUCGAAAGAAAGGGAUACUGCUUUGUCAGACCGAUCCAGAGCUGCAUGCUAUGCUAAGUACUGAUCCCAUAUCGUCUCAAGUCCACCUUUUACCACUUGGUAAUAUCCAGCUCGAUCGUAUGCAACCUUACCUCGCUCGACUACACCCACAUUUUGAUCGAGUACUGGCUUUCAGACCUACCGGAUGGACGUAUACCCCACCGGCAGGUACAGAUAUGUUACCUGAUGUCAACACUGUCAUCAAGCGUGAUCAGGCCAGAUGGUUCAGUGAGAAGGAUUUGAAGGAGAUGAGAGGGAGUUGUAGGACUUUUCAAUUAUUUGGCGUACCAUACUCUGAACAUUCAAGUUUCACUGAAUUAACGUGCUUCGCCUUAUCAAUCCCUGGACCUGAUCUCAAAAUGAUAGCUACUGUUAAUGUGGGAAAUGAAAAGAGUCGAGCGAAAAUGAAGAAAUGGUUCGAGAAGUGGGCAGCUGAAAAGUCACGUAGGAAAGAUAAGGGGUUGCCUGCGAUAGUGGAUUAUCGUGAUGAGACUUUUGUAAGUGAUUGUGAUCAGCCGUUGCCAUUACAUAACAGCUUGUGCUGA